AUGAAACUAGCAAGAAGACGGCUAGCAAGACUGGCUGCUGAGAGAAUAGAAGAGGAAGAUCUAAAAGAUCUAACGUGUUCACCCUUAUCAACAAGUCCUCAGAUAUCUAUAUUCAAGAAGACAGGAGUUAAAUCCCCAAACUGUGAUGUUACAACCUCAAGACAACAUAUUUACAAUAAAGUGGUGACACCAGGAAAGAAGAAAGCAGAAAACCAGAAGCCCCAUCAGCCUAGAAAUUUUAGGGAACUAUGGAAGACUGCAGUAAAGCAGCAAAUUCUUCUUAACAGGAUGGAGAAAGAAAACCUGAAGAUGCAAGCCCAUGAACGAGUUUUGGCUGAGAAACGUCUGAAGUUAGAUUACGAAGAUUUAAUUCCUCUUUCCCCACACCUUGUACAACAGUGGGACACUAUACUACAGAAGGGAGGAUUAAGCUAUCGUAGAUCUGAGAUAAGAAGCUGUAUAGGUCAGGGGGUUCAGAAGGGGAGACGAGGGGAGAUAUGGAGCUUAAUUGUUGCACAAUCAGGGGAGAAAACUCCAGUUCCAACAGAUGAGUUUGCGAGUAAGUUUAGUGAGUGGGGUAAAGGAUAUUCUGAGCUAAGAUGUCAGCUAACUUCUCAUCAGCACGCUAUUCUCAUAGAUCUUGGGAGAACAUUUCCUAAUCAUGGAUAUUUCUCUGGUGCUCUGGGCCCUGGACAACUUGGCAUGUUUAAUCUUCUUAAAUCCUAUUCAAUACUUGACCCAGAGGUUGGAUAUUGUCAGGGUUUACCUUUCCUGGUUGGUUUACUCUUGAUGCAUCUUGAGGAGGAGGAGGAGGCCUUCAACCUUCUCAAGUUCAUCAUGUUCGAUCUUCAGCUCAGGAAUAUGUUUAAACCUGAUAUGACUGGUCUCCAGGUUGCUAUGUACCAACUAACCAGGUUGCUCUCUGAGACCCAGCCCGCCUUGUACAAACUUCUUGAUAGGCUAGAGGUAGAUCCAAGCUUGUAUGCUACUCCUUGGUUCCUUACACUGUUCGCUGCUCACUUUCCUCUUGGAUUUGUCUCCAGAGUUCUAGAUCUAAUAUUUAUUGAAGGAAAAUCAGCCAUUAUUAAGGUUGGGACGUGUUUAUUGGUCCAGGCAUCGAGAUCUCUUCUGUCUUGUGACUCAAUAGAGGAAAUCAUGGAUACAAUCAAAACAGAGCUGCCUGGGCUUCCCAAAAGUAGUUUAGAGGAUGUGAUAAAGCAAGCUGCGAGUUUAAAUGUUUCAAGACAACUCAAAACUUACGAGGUUGAAUACUCUGUGAUCCAAGAAGAAAUAAGUUUAAAUGAAACCGGAACUGGAGAAAGCUACAAGGCUAUUUCAACCCAAAACAACAACCUCAAAAUAGAGAACAAGAGACUCCUGGAUAGGGUUUUAAGUCUGGAAGAGGAACUCAGGGCGGAGAAGGGGAAAAACAAUCAGAACCUAGAGAUACAGAAGGAUACAGUAGAGGCUCAAAAUAUGAAGAUUGAAGCGGAGAGGAUGAAACUAGAGGCUGAGAAGCUGAUGAGAGAGGCUGAAGAGAUCAGAUUAGAGGCCGAGAAAAUGAAGAAAAUAUAUGAAAAUGCAAACUUUAACAUUGAAAGAGAGAAGAAUGAAUUCAGGAACGAAAACGACGAUGGAAAUAAUCAAUUUGUUUCACUGAAAAAUUCGAAUGAUGAAGUGCUCAAAAAUAACAGAGAAUAUACAGAGCAAAAGCAGAGUAGAGAAAUUAACGGGAAUAUCUGUAAGAAUCAAGUUUAUGCAAACAUUACAGAUUCAUCAAUCUCAUGAUCCAGUUCUCUUGUAAUAAUCCAUUCAGCUAGGGAUCAUUUCAUUCGUGAUCCAUUUAAGCCGUGCUACACUUAUUUCUUGAUCCAUUCUAUUGAUCCAUUCAUCUCUUGAUCCAUUCAUCUCUAUAUCCAUUUAUCUCUUAGUCUAUUCAUCUCGUUACACAUUCAUCCUUUAAUUCAUCGUCUUUUGAUCCAUCGUUCUCAUAGACUCAUUCUCCAGUCUUCUCAUAGACUCAUACUCCAUUCAUCCUUUGAUUCUUCCUUCUCAUAGACUCAUAAUCCAUUCAUCUCUUGAUCCAUCCUUCUCAUAGACUCAAUCCAUUCAUCUCUUGAUCCAUCCUUCUCAUAGACUCAAAAUCCAUUCAUCUCUUGAUCUUUUCUUCUCAUAGACUCAUACUCCAUUCAUCUCUUGAUCCAUCCUUCUCAUUGACUCAUAAUCCAUUCAUCUCUUGAUCCAUCCUUCUCAUAGACUCAUAAUCCAUUCAUCUCUUGAUCCAUCCUUCUCAUAGACUCAUACUCCAUGCAUCUCUUGAUCCAUCGUACUUCUAGUCUUUUCAUUUUUUAAACCAUUUCUGAUUUUUAAAUAGGUUAUAAAUAUAAUGAAAAUUCGAGGUCCAGCAAAUAUUUCAAAUUCCUAAAACCAAAAACUUUUAUUAUGAAAUCUAACAGAAUGUAACUAAUUACUAAAACUCGAAUUUUUAAUUCUAACA